AUGACCGUCGACGCCUUCGUUCGCUACCCCAACGACCCCACCGAGCCCGACCACUUCAUCCUUCCUGAUCUCGUCGGUCAUUGCACCUUUCCCCUCACUUACCACCCCAAUGGCGAUGCUAUCGCUGCCCAAUCUGUUCGCUGGCUAGACCAAAUGUGCCCCGACCUGACCCCGAAGAAGCGCAAAGCCCUUUACGGUCUCCAAGCUGGAGAACUCACCGCUCAUUGCUACCCAUACUCUAUCACCGACAAUCACCUUCGCGUCGUGAGCGACUUCAUGAAUUACCUAUUCCACCUUGACAACAUCUCGGACGGUAUGAUGACCCGCGACACGGAGACACUGGCCGACGCAGUCAUGAACGCUCUAUGGUACCCUCAUGAGUAUCGUCCUACUCAUGCUCCAGGGAAAGAACAACCCGAGAAAGAGAUCAACGCCGGUCCCGGCGUGCAGGCGCGGUUCAAGGAGUCGUUGUCCUUCUUCUUUGAAGCCGUCCACAAGCAAGCACAAGAUCGCGACGCCGGCAUAAUCCCGGACUUAGAGUCGUAUAUCGACGUCCGCCGCGAUACGAGCGGUUGCAAGCCCGUGUUUGACUUGAUGGAGUACGCUUUGGGCAUUGACCUGCCCGACUACGUGGUCGAGCAUCCAGUGAUCAAGGCUUUGAAUCAAGGCACGAACGACCUUGUCACAUGGUCCAACGAUAUUUUCUCUUACAACGUGGAACAAUCACGGGGCGACACCCAUAACAUGGUCGUUAUUCUUAUGCAGUACCACGGCCACACUCUCCAGUCGGCCAUCGACUAUGUCGGCGACCUCUGCCGGCAGACUAUCAACACCUUCAUCGAGAACAAGUCGAAGGUGCCGUCCUGGGGCCCGGAGGUCGACAAGGACGUCGCUGGGUACGUCCAGGGCCUGCAGGAGUGGAUCGUCGGGUCCCUCCACUGGAGCUUCCAGACCAAGCGGUACUUCGGGGACAACGGCGCCGAGGUGAAGCGGACGCGGUACGUCAAGCUCCUGCCGGUUUUCCUUCGAGCUGUAUACUAG